GAUAUUACCGUUUUGAAAAUAUAAAAGGAAGUGGUGGCAUACAGUAGAAGCUUUCAACUUUGGGCCAAUCACAGAGAGUCAUUUCGAAAUCAAGUCGUAAAGUUCCGUCAACCCUCAAAUAAUAUCAUAUCCAAGUUACAGAUCUCCAACAAUCCUGCCACGAGCAACCCUUCACAAUGGCAACAACAAAGCCCAUAACUAUGCUCGUGGCGCGCAGUCGUCCAUUAACUACUUUGACUGCCUCAACAAUCCGCACAUUUACACCCGUUGCAUCUAGAGCAACUUUCUCAACCUCUCAAUUUCGAAGCGCCACCCCAGCCGGUCCUCCCCCGCCCGGCUUCAGACUGCCAAAACCAGUAAGAUGGAACGAGAGUAAGGAGAGUACAAUGGAUAAGGCAGGGAAAUACUUUCUCAUGUCAGAGUUGUUCCGGGGAAUGUACGUAGUGCUAGAACAGUACUUCAGACCUCCAUAUACAAUUUAUUAUCCUUUCGAAAAGGGUCCGAUUUCUCCUCGAUUCAGAGGCGAGCACGCUUUACGAAGAUACCCUUCAGGAGAAGAACGAUGCAUUGCUUGCAAGCUUUGCGAAGCUAUCUGUCCCGCACAAGCUAUCACGAUUGAAGCUGAGGAGCGUGAAGAUGGAAGUCGCAGAACGACCCGAUACGAUAUCGAUAUGACAAAAUGUAUCUAUUGUGGUUUCUGCCAGGAGAGUUGCCCAGUUGAUGCUAUUGUGGAAUCACCAAAUGCUGAAUACGCCACUGAGACGAGAGAGGAACUGUUGUACAACAAGGAGAAGUUACUGUCCAAUGGAGACAAGUGGGAGCCGGAAUUGGCGGCAGCAGCAAGGGCUGAUGCACCAUAUAGAUAACCAUAUUUUUAUUUGUUGUGAGGCGGGAAAUUGUACAUAUCAGAGGUGGUUCUUCAAAAUGCGAAUAACUGGACACAGAGAAUUCCAUAAUUUGUGCAACAAAACAUUUUCUCGCUGGGUUGAAUUUCAGUUUCUGUAUCAGAGGAAGUGUACCAAAUCUACGAGUGUAGUCAAAACACUAGUUGAAAUAUCCAUAUGGCCUUAUCAUAGAGAGAUCUUGGUAAGACUUGCAUGUAGCUGUUCGGCUGCGAAGUCGAUUGGAGUUCAACUCUACUCGAUGAGAUUGCUUUCAAUUUACUUACUGUACGUACGUACCUAGAUAGGUGCUCAUUUCAAGGUACAAACACUACCGUCCAAGUUGUUGAAUCCUAGAUUAAAUCGCACUCGUCUA